UGUACACAAACAUAAAGUUCCUUCAAAAUGGACUACUUUUUGGAUGUCGAGUCUGCUCACAGACUGUUUUACAGUCAAGGAGCUCAAGCUCGUCGGGCAACUCUUCUCACUGUGCCCACUCUGAUGACAGCGUCUUCUGAGGAUGACAUAGACCGGAGACCCAUCAGAAGACUCCGGUCUAAGAGUGACACCCCUUACUUGGAAGAAGCUAGGAUCUGCUUCAACCUUGAUAAUGCUCGCCGGGCCACGCUGCUCACCGUGCCCACAUUAAUGGCGGCAUCUUCCGAGGAGGACAUCGACCGCAGACCCAUCCGCCGCGUCCGCUCCAAGAGCGACACCCCCUACCUCGCUGAGGCCCGUAUCUCCUUCAACCUCGAGACAGCUGAGGAAGUGGAAAGACUGGCUGCAAUGCGUUCAGAUUCUUUAGUACCUGGGACUCACACGCCUCCAAUCAGAAGAAGAAGCAAAUUUGCUACUCUCGGAAGGCUUUUUAAGCCAUGGAAAUGGAGGAAGAAGAAGAGUGAAAAAUUUAAGCAUACUUCAGCAGCUUUGGAAAGAAAAAUAUCAAUGAGGCAAAGCAGAGAGGAGCUUAUAAAACGAGGAGUGCUGAAAGAAAUUUUUGAUAAAGAUGGAGAACUUUCCAUACCAAAUGAAGAAGGAGCUUUGGAGAAUGGGCAGCCUCUGGGCUCUGGGCAAGUGCUAAGCUCCAGCCAGGUAUCCCUGCCAGCCCUAGCAGAACUGGAGUCAGGUCCAGCAUCUGGGGAACCCUGCUCCUAUGAGGUCCUCCCAACCACAGAUAUCAUGGAUGGGACAGUGUCUGAAGACAGCCCCACAUCCAAUGAAUCCGGCGUCCUCCUGUCCCAAGAUCCUACAGCUAAGCCAGUCCUGCUACUUCCCCCCAAAAAAUCUGCCGCUUUCCCUGGAGACCAUGAGGACACCCCAGUGAAACAGUUGUCCCUCCUCAAACAGCCCCCUGCCCUGCCUCCUAAACCUAUUGCCAGGAUUGCCAGCCACUUAACUGAUCCUGGCGCUCCUGUGAAACUGCCUUGUAUGCCAGUUAAACUGUCACCUCCACUACCUCCAAAGAAAGUCAUGAUUUGCAUGCCUUUAGGGGGGCCAGACCUCUCUCUCUCAUCCUAUUCCACGCAGAAGAGCUCCCAGCAGCCUUUGACGCAGCACCAUCACACUGUCCUGCCAUCCCAGUUAGCAGCUCACCAGCACCAGCUCCAGUACGGCAGCCACAGCCAGCACCUGCCUUCGGGGUCCAGCACGUUGCCAAUUCACCCUUCAGGGUGCCGGAUGAUAGAGGAACUGAACAAAACGCUAGCCAUGACCAUGCAAAGGCUAGAAAGCUCUGGUUUACACACAGGUGACAGUGUUACAAAAACAGGACCUGGGGGCCUUCCAGACAUGAGACAAGUGCCAACUGUUGUGAUCGAAUGCGAUGACAAUAAAGAAAAUGUGCCUCAUGAAACCGACUAUGAAGAUUCUUCCUGCCUCUACACAAGACAGGAAGAGGAGGAAGAGGAAGAUGAAGAUGAGGAUAACUCAUUAUUUACAAGCUCCCUGGCAAUGAAAGUCUGCAGGAAGGACUCUUUAGCAAUCAAACUAAGCAACAGGCCUUCCAAGCGAGAGCUGGAGGAAAAGAACAUCCUCCCCAUGCAGACUGAUGAAGAGAGGCUUGAACUUAGGCAGCAGAUUGGGACAAAGUUAACAAGACGACUGAGCCAGAGGCCAACUGCUGAAGAAUUGGAGCAGAGGAACAUACUGAAACCCCGGAAUGAGCAAGAGGAGCAGGAGGAAAAACGAGAGAUAAAGAGAAGAUUAACACGUAAGCUGAGUCAAAGGCCCACGGUAGAAGAGCUACGCGAGAGGAAGAUCCUCAUCCGCUUCAGCGACUACGUGGAAGUGGCAGAUGCACAGGACUACGACAGGAGGGCAGACAAACCCUGGACACGACUCACAGCCGCCGACAAAGCAGCCAUUCGAAAAGAGCUUAAUGAAUUUAAAAGCACUGAAAUGGAAGUUCAUGAAUUAAGUAGGCAUCUAACAAGGUUUCAUAGACCGUAGCAGUUCAAUUCUACCUGACUACUAUGCCGUCUUCGUAAUUAAAAGGAACCAUAAGUGCUGGUAUUACUCACUUCCCUGUUAUGUACAAUGUAAAUCUUCUGAACUGCCUUUUUAAAAAAAAAAAAAAAAGUAGAAAAAUAAAUAUAAAAAAAAAGGAAAAUUGUAUUUACAUGUGAUGGGUACUGCAGCAUCAUCAGACCUGCUGGUUCAAGCUUCAAUAACAGAAAAUACCCCUGGUGGGAAUCGUGCCAAGACUUGGCAUUUAUGUAUAAGACUUUCCUGUCAUGUGGAUUUGCCAUACAUGUUCAAGCCCAGCUGGUGGUGCAUCCAUUUUGUCUUCAGGCACCCCUCAUCCUGACAAGCCUCUGUCAUCAACUCUAGAGAGCCCUGAGAUGGUGUUCAGGGAAUCACUGGCCUGGGUGAAGUCUCCAAAAGAUGAGCACCCGUGGCACUAAAGCACUUAUACCAAACACUCCUUUCAGGCUGCAAGCACCUAAUGAGGACGGUGAAGGAGCGAAACUACUCUACGGGCCAGCCUAUCUGUGAGUAUCAUCUGACUAGAAAGGCAUUCCUUUCCCUGGAGAAGUUUAUGGCCAGUCAGUAGGCAUUGUUCGGCUCCCAAGCAGAAACAGGCAUCACCUGUAAAGAAGAGGACUCCCUACUGAAGGCUGGUUCAGUUCUAGCAACUGUUUAUUUUUCAUGUCUUUCAAGUAUAAUUUUCUAAACCCAGUUGUGAACCUGUCAGCAGUAAGCGACAAGAAUGUUGAGGACAAGCAAGCAAAACCCAUCUCUUCAUGGUCACUGCAUGGCACUCGCUCAGCUUGUACUUUGUUUUUACACCUAAGCCCCAUGAUUGUAUGAGAGCUGACGCACGCCCGGCAACAAGAAAGGCUGGAAUUCCCACUGGCUCUACAGAGGGACACACGACAGGAGGAACCACGGUUUCAGUGAGGGGUAUCUAUCCUCGCUGUAUCAGGUGUUUCAAGAACUGAUCCUUCAUACCAAGAAAAGCAUGACAGAUUGUGUUACCUGGUCUAACAAAAGGAGUCUGGUGCGUUGGUAUGGAUGGUGGGACUUGUCACCAGUACCCACAGCUGAGGCGUAAGGACAGCAAUUCAGAGGUUUUCUGUUUUGGUUUUGAUUUAUUUUUAUUAUAGUGGUUUAACACACAAACUGACCAAGUAGAGCUCAGAGAGCUGGUCACUCUGGGCCUGGUUUACCUGCCAACUUAAGCGUGUGCUUAACACGAAGUAAGCAUGCAAACAGCCUCACUGCAUUCAAGAACACGUCUGACAGGCUUAAUUGAAGCUGACCACAUUUAAGUGCUUUUCUGAACUUGGGUCAGCACCCUCCAGAGUAAGUCAGUCCUUAACUAGUAUAACGCCAGCAAGCUGGGGCAAACAUUGUCUAGGAUUCCUUUCCAGCUCUUACAAGAAACUAUUACGCCAUGUUUUGGGCCAGUGGCCCAAAGCACUGUAGCAACAUUACUGUAACAAGUUCCAGAUUAUUACUUCAGGGCGCCUUUUUUUCUUCCAUAAUACCUAUUUUGCUUUGACAGUUUGAACAGAGAGGCCAAAGUUUUUUACUUACAGUAUUGUUAUUUCUGUUGUUAUUUUAUUAUUCUUUCCUUUCUCACUGUCUUCUGUGUAUCUAUCCACUCUUCUGUGCUCCCUCUCUACCUCCCCCGAUGCCAUGCUAACAUUGCCCUUCACUGAUUGUGGGCUGAGAAGCCUGUCAUGCGCAAGCAUUUAAUGGCCAAUGCUGCAUAGUGCCAACACCCCUGCCCCUUCUCAGGCCUCUGUCUCAUUCCGCUGGUCGCAGGAGCGAAGCGAAAGGACCUGCUCAUAGCCCACGGAGUUGCUCUAGCAUCCAGCCUGGCCAAACGACACUGGCAGCGAGGCUAACGCACUCCAUUUAUGCUUAGCAGUGGUAGUCGAUACCUCACAGGUUUGCUCUCCCUCAGAGACAAAUGAAAGCAUUUCAUCCUCAUCUGUGACCAGCUUUGCAAUGCUAUGGAUUAUUAGCUAUUAAAUAAGAAUUGGCUGUUGUAGGAUGGAUGAUGCUACAAAGGAAAGUAAAAACUAGCUGGUUUCUGGUGCCUCGUUUUUGAGGCAUCCUGCCUCUGAUGUGAUAUGCUUCCCAGACUGGGUAAUGAUUUCUGAAGAACAUGCACAGUGAUCCCUGUAUCACCAGCUCACAGUUGCUUUAGAUACAAGUUCGUCAGUAGUGGAAGCCUUUAAUGUGCAAUGUUAUCAGCUCAGUGCAGCAAAGACAGAGCACUUACUAGCCAGAAAUACACUCCUUUGGGGUUAUUUUCAUGAAAACCUGGGAUUCAUGUUUUUAAAUUUAUUCACAUGCAUGCCUAACAAGACUGCAUCACAGCUUUAAAAAGGGAAAACAAAACUCUAGGCUUUUGACUACACACACUGCAACACAGCUGUAUUGAAGAGCAACAAGCCCUCUUGUUCCCACUAUGGAUCUCACACCUGCCCUGGCAUUGUUAGCUUAGAGGUUCAAUGUGAAAGGGAAAGGACAGUAAUCACAGGACGCAGUAAACUGGUGGGAGGAAAAGGUGAGGUUUGUUUUUUUUUUUUCCAUUUUAUGAUUAAGAGGAAAGAGGUGGAAGUAGCAGACUGCUGCUGUCAGUCUGUUGUCAGUGCUGGAGUCCCCAAGGGGAAUGGGCAGUCUGUGGGCAAUGUCACUCUGGGUACAGUCACUGUCCCUCAGCCUGCCUCAGGAUUCAUGCUGUCCCCAGGGCAGCUACAUGUGGCAAUGCUUUUUUCUUUUCUUUUUUUUUUUUUUUUUUUUUAAUUUUUUUAAAUGAUGUUAACUCCAGGCUGGGCAGACACUAGGACACAGUGGAAGAACUGCCGUAUGUCUUGCAAAUUGCAAGUAGAGCUUAUUACUGAAAAGGAGGAGGAGGAGGAGAAAGAAGCCAUAUGAAGUGUUUGGCACUGUAGUAAACAUCACAGAACUGGCACUUCAUCUGGUUUUAGCUUCAGUGGUUCUGGGUAUUUUGCAAAGUUACUUUUUGGCAAGGCAUUCUUCAAUAACCUUUCAGUGCCUGAACACUGCAGUGCGUCCUCAGUUUGCACGCCCACCUCUGGCAUCCAUGGGAAGUUGCAAGCAGACUGGGGAACAGCUAGUCCUUUUUUAAAAAUCUGUUUUCUUCUCAUCUGUGAAAGCCAUCUCUACCACAGUAAAGUAGUUGUAAUUCUGUUGGGGCUGGGGGGGGGGGGGGAACGACAUGACCAGAGACUCAUGAUUUCCCCCCUUCAACUUGGGUUAUAUGCAGGACGUAAAGAUGAUGGCAUUUCUGGUAAGACUCGGUUAACACCACAGUUAACAACAUUAAUCCUCAUUCAUGUUACAAGGAGAUUAAUAGUAGUAAUAAAGAAAUUACAUCAGGUUUAGAGAAUGGAAAUAUCAAUGCAGAACAAAAAUGGCUAUUCCAAUCAUCCAUCUCCAUGGCUGACAGUAGAGAUAAUAUUCUAGAGUCAAGGAAGAAAAACAUUUUGGUUAUAAUCUACUGAAUCCUGAUGGGUUAUUCAUACGUAAAAUGUGCAAGUACUGCGACAUCUGUUCUACAACCUAUGGAAAGAUGAAGUGGAAAGUGGUGGGGCUGGGGAGGUGGUGAUGGGGAUUGGAAAAGCAAUUCCAAAAUGUCUAGACAAAAGUUGUGUUUGUUUGAAAAAAAGUGAUGGUGAGGAAACACGAUGGUGGCAUCACCCUCCCACCCACCCACACACCCUCACCAGCAGCGGGCUAUAGGGACCUGGCGAUGUAUUUAUGACUAACAGGGAAGGUCAGCGUUCUGGCCUUUCCCCACCCUAUGCCCUGCUCAUCAGGUACUUGCAAGGUGAAGUUUCAGGCUGCAGGUUUGCUGGGACACAGCUCAGGCCAGCUUUUGUGUGUAGACAAUUCCUAGUGUAUGCUCUAGGCAUUAUCAGAAGAGAAGGAAGGGGCUAAAGAAUAUAUUAGACUUUUAACUAUUUUAUGUUAACUGAAACAAUUUAGUGAGCCCAUUACACAAACAUAUUUCAGCCUAAGACUUAAAUGUAACUACAGCACUUCGUCAUCACUGCAACUAGUCACCAAACUCACCAUUAUUCUACAGUGCCGUCUGUACAGUGAAAACACGAUAAACCAAGAGAGGGGGAGCACUUCCACCACACCUAGUGAAAGCUUGCACUCAUAAAAAUAGAUGGGCAAGAUGGAAACCCAUAGUUAUACGUGAACAGGGGCUCCCUAACGUGCCUGCAAAUAAAAUCACUUUGUAUAAACAGCCAUGGGAGAUGACUAGGCUAAUAAAAAAAUCAGGAAAGAAAAAGGGGACAAAUUAUUUUUUCCAGGUGUUCAGUCUGCUCAAGCUUGGAACAACUUCCAUAAACAAAGAGGAGGUUACGGGCACAUUACCUGCGUUCCCAUGUGUCCCAGUUACUCCUGCACCAGUUGCAUUUUCCAGUUGAUAUCCACGUGUAUGUAUAUAGUGUGUCUUUGUAUAGGAGUGAGUGUGGUGGCUGUCAAUCAUGUGCUCUUCCAGUAUUGUAAUUUAACAGAUUAUGGCUGUAUGAAAAUGAUGUAAAUAACUAGAAAAAAAUUAAACUGGAUCUCUAUGUCCUAGUUUUUGUACAUACUGAAACUGCAUGGUAUUUAAAUUAUUGUUUGUCUCUGAUGUAUGCAGUUUCUUAAAAAAAUUGAUUUAAAAAAAAGCA